CGGUAGGUGAAGCGCGUUUUUCAAUUUCAAACCCUUUAUUCAUCUGCUUGGAAGUGCCAAAGGGAAAAAUUUUUGGUUAAAUUUUUCAUCCAGCCAACAAUUACUUCAUCUCUUACAUUAUUUUCCAACAAAAAUCAAGGUUGAUUUGAAAUUACGCUUUGUAUUGUGUCCAUUUUGGAUUAAUUGUUAAUUGUGUUUUCCGUGAUCACCGGAAUAUCUAAAUAUGCUGGUGAACUCUGUAUCCAUAAAAAUUGGAUACCUUCUGUUAAUUACCUUCAAUGGGUAUCUGGUUAAUGGUGAAAAAGGUGGUGCCAAUAUUGUUGUUCAAGGUAGAUCCGAAGGGCACGGAGGUGGUGGCUCUGUCAUUGUAAAUUCACCCAAAAAGGGUCCUCAAAAUAUUGUGGUUCGUGAUUACAGAGGAACCGUUGUGUUAAAUAGCCAUAAGAAAGGUGGAGCCAACAUUGUGAUCAACAGCCACGAGGAAAAGAAACCUCAUCACAGUCAUCACCAUCAUCCACCUCAUCAUCACCAAGCUCAUCAUGGUUAUGAAUCUCCAAAGAUGAUGCCCAUGUUAGGCGAAUCUGGUUCCUCAUCAGCGUCCAGUCCAGCUUAUGGUUCAAGAACGGUUAAACCAUACGAAUCGGAGGAAGUGGGAGAGGAACAAGUUGAACCAACCGUGGCAAGGAAGCGAAAGGGAAAUAACGCCAUUAAACUAAAGAAGAAGACUAAAAUUAUUCAAGAACAAAGCGACACUGAAGAAGGUACAAGACCCAAGAUUCGUGGUCGAGCAAAAGGUGACUCUGAUGAAGCAGAAACUGAGCCCGAAGAGGAUUCAUCAGAUGCAUAUUCACCUUCAAAUGCUGAAGAGCAUCCAUACUCUAAUUAUCGAGACAGAUCUGGAUCUCAAUCAGGUAGAAAAGGAUUGAAAGAGUUGGAGAAAGGUAUUGACUUUGGAGUGGAUUCACAAAUUGAACAACAAAUUGGACAAGAUUUACUUGGACAGUUGACUGCUGACGAAUCCUCUGACUCUGGGUCUUCUUCCUCGGGUUCAUCUUCUGGUGAUACCUUUGGCUUAACUGGAGAUUCAGAUUCUGCUGGUUACUUUACAUCUUCAUUACCAUCCAGCGAUACUUUCAAUUCAGACACUUUAAAAGGCCUUUCUCUGAGUGACGCUCUCUUUGGUUCAGACAAGGAUACAAGCUCUGCAGGUUCAGGGUUACUAGAUUUACCUUGGUCAACAAAAUAAUUCCUGUAAAAUGGAAACUGAAAAUCAUGAUUGCUCAAAAUACAAUUCGAGUUCGGGUUCGAGUUUAGACUCUUGUCAUCCUUUAAAACACUUUUUCUUAUCAUCUGUUGCAUUCAAUUUCAUUCCUGCUUUUGUUCAUUUCUCACUAUCAAUUUUUCUAUUCAUUUUUUAAUUAUUCUGAAUAAUUCUUUUUUUUUCUUUUAAUGAAAUGUUCCACCUGAAAGGAAGAUAAUUACAUGUAAGAUGUUUAAACUCCAAAAGCAAUCGAGUCUGAGAUUUUAAUAUUGAGGAAAGGAGAGGCAACACCAUAUAUGAUAACAAAAAUCAUCGACAAAGAAAAUAAAAGUACAAGAUAACAAGUUACCAAUCACAGUCUGAUGAUCAUCACAAAUUAAAAUAAUCAUCAUCUUCCUAAACGCAGACGAUAUUCAAUAUUCAUCAAGCAGACAAUAACACAACAGAGCAAAAAAUACAACCCGAUCAUUAUAAUUAACCUUAAUUUUCAUCUUUUGUAUCCGCACAAAACCUUUAUUUGAUUUAUUGAAGACAAUCAAUUAUCGCUUAAUUUACAAACCUAAAAAAAUAUAUUUUAAUGCCAAAGACAAGUUACAAACAAAAAAUAAACCUCGGACAUCAAAUAAUCAAAAACAGAAUGUUAAUCAAAUGUCCUUUUCUGGUUAUUUAUAAUAAACAACAAUUUUCCUUGCGAGGCCUUUCUUUGAUUCUCAAUAUCAGCUGAUUCUGAUGAAGAUUACUGUUAACCAUUUUCCGAAUUAUGUUUCACCAAUUGAUUAAAAUGUUGCUAACUUUUACAAUGAUUUAGUUUAUUGAUUUGUCUUUAAUUUUUGCUUGCAACAGUCAAGUUUCAUUUCAA